AUGGCUGCAUCCACCACCGAUGAGAAGGAUGCCAAACUAACAGACCUUGUCAAGACGAUGUUUGAGCGCGUGCCAAAGGAGAAGCGGCUGACGGCGGAAGUUGUGAUGCAGCUCCUGAAAGCGAAGUACUUGUCUACCUUCCCGGCGGAGUACCUCACAAAUCGCGCGGAAUUUGUUGCCAGCCUCAUUGACUCACUCUACAGAAAAAGGAGUGGCGAUAAGAAGGAGUCUGACGCUAAUGGCAACGGUCAAGACAAUGACAAUGAUGAUGGCGACGAAGACGAUGAGGAUGAGGAUGACGACAGUAGCGAGGGUGACGAGGAAGAAGACGGGGAAGAAGAAGAAGAAGAAGAAGAAGAAGAGGAGGAGGAGGAAUCCGAAAGCGAAGAGACGGAUGAAACGGGUGGCGAAAAUGAUGACGCCGAUGGCGCACCGGUGGAGAAGCGGCAAAGAUUAGAAGAAGGCGCCAGCGAUGUUGCGCGGCGUUGUCACGAAAUGGCAGAAUGCCUGCGUCGUCUGAGUUACCGCUUGCGGAAAAGAGAGGAUGGGGAGUCCUAUGAGUCAUACCUAGAGCAGUACUUGGUGCCUUUCUUCCGGGAGAAGGGGCUUGACCCGGAGCGGUACGGAAAGGAGGAUGUAAGACGAUAUCGUGUUAAGAGAGAACUCGAACAACUACAAUCCGACGGCGCAGAUGUAAAUUUGGAUCGUGCUGCGCGUGCUGGCCGUGGCCUUAAUCGUCUUGCAUUGAAUAACGACGCUACCGUCAGCAUCAAAACAUCGAAGUUCCUCGAUGAGGAGUAA